UUACACAUCUAAAACAUCCCUCCCCCUUCAACGCACUUAUUUCGAACGUGGACAUCUCUGUCCUCGCCGUCUUCCUAAGUAACUUCAGCCAUGGAAAGCAAAGCAUGAAGCUCGCACCCAAAUGUCAAUAUCCUGCAAGUGACUCCACCUCCACACACUCACCCUCCUUCCAAAAGCUCUCGUGAAGAUCUGCACAUUGCUUCCGUCCUCAAUCCCUCUCCUUUGUUCUGAUCCAUCUUCCUUCGUAUGCAUGCCGGCGUUCAUGCAUGACUAGCUAGCUAGCUACAGUGCAUGACGUGAUGGCACCGGCCAGCUCCCUGCAGCAGAGGCCGAGGAAGCCGAGGUGCCCAUCCCAGCCCAUGCAGUCCCUCUCCCCUGCCCUCGUCACGCUCCUCCUCCUCGUCCCCUUCCUCUACCUCCUCCUCCUCCACCACUCCUCGUGCUCCCCGGUCUUCACCCACCUCACCGCCAACGCUCGCUCCUCGUCGAGCCUGACCGCCUUCUCCGGGGACCUUCGCGACAUCGAGUUCUCGUGGAACCACCUGCCGUUCACGCCGUCCAAGCCGCCCCUUGCCAAGCUCAAGAUCGCCGUGUUCUCGCGGAAGUGGCCCGUGGCCACGGCCCCGGGCGGCAUGGAGCGGCACGCGCACACGCUGCACACGGCGCUCGCGGCGCGCGGCCACCGCGUGCACGUGUUCACGUCCCCUCCGCCGCACACCGAGGCCGCGCCGCCGGCCUCCCCCGACGGCCCCCAGCUGCACUUCCUGGACGGCACCCCGGGCCAGUGGCGCUGCGACGAGGCGUGGAAGCUGUACGAGGCCGAGGGCGAGAACGACCCGUUCGACGUCAUCCACUCCGAGAGCGUGGCCGUGUUCCACCGCUACGCGCUCGGCGUGCCCAACCUGGUCGUGUCGUGGCACGGCAUCUCCCUCGAGGCACUGCACUCGGGCAUAUACCAGGACCUGGCACGCGGCGAGGACGAGCCCAUGUCGCCGCAGUUCAACCAGACGCUGUCGCAGUCGGUGCACCGGGUGCUCUCCGAGGUGCGCUUCUUCAGGAGCUACGCGCACCAGGUGGCCAUCAGCGACUCCACGGGGGAGAUGCUCCGGGACGUGUACCAGAUCCCGGGCCGGCGCGUGCACGUCAUCCUCAACGGCGUGGACGAGGCGCAGUUCGCGCCGGACCUCGAACUCGGCCGCGCGUUCCGGGAGGAGAUCGGGGUGCCCAAGAGCGCCGACCUCGUGCUGGGCGUGUCAGGAAGGCUCGUCAAGGACAAAGGGCACCCGCUGCUCUACGAGGCCUUCUCCAAGCUCGCCAUGCGGCACCCGAACGUGUACCUCCUGGUGGCCGGCAAGGGGCCGUGGGAGUCUCGGUACAUGGACCUGGGCCGCAACGCCAAGGUGCUGGGCGCCGUGCCACCCGGGAAGCUCAGGGCGUUCUACAACGCGCUGGACGUGUUCGUGGACCCGACGCUGCGGCCGCAGGGGCUGGACCUGACGCUCAUGGAAGCGAUGCAGUGCGGGAAGCCCGUGGUGGCCACGCGGUUCCCCAGCAUCAAGGGCAGCAUCGUGGUGAAGGACGAGUUCGGCUACAUGUUCGCGCCCAACGUGGAGUCGCUGCUCGAGAGGCUGGAGGCGGUGGUGGAGGACGGCGCCCGGCGCGCCGCGGAACGAGGCCGCGCGUGCAGGGACUACGCCAAGUCCAUGUUCGCGGCCACCAAGAUGGCCCUGGCGUACGAGAGGCUCUUCCUUUGCGUAAAAAACGAGACCUUCUGUGGGUACCCCUCUGAGUUUGAUUAGUUCAUUUUGGUCAUCAUCACCUUUUGUGCGUGUCUUUAUUUUAUCCAGCUUCACUAAUAAUCAUACAAAGUAGUGCUCUACGUUAUACUUGUUACAUAAAGUUUUUGUUUUUCCUCUUUUCCACACCGGAUUCCGAGCUAUAGAGAUAUUGAUCGAAAUUGAUCUUGUUAUGUAUACAAAUGAACACGAACUCCAAAUCUUACUGA